AUGAAAGUUUGCGAGAAAGUUGAAAGUAAAGGGAGAACAACAUAUAAUGAGGUGGCAGAUGAACUUGUUGCUGAGUUUACAGACCCCAAUAACAAUAUUGAACCGCCAGAUCCUGAUAAUCCGAAUGCACAACAAUAUGAUGAGAAAAAUAUUCGAAGGAGGGUUUAUGAUGCACUGAAUGUUCUGAUGGCUAUGGACAUUAUAUCUAAGGAUAAGAAGGAAAUACAGUGGAAAGGCUUGCCUCGGACUAGUAUAAAUGAUAUUGAAGAGCUGCAGUCGGAUCUCGCCGGAGUGAAAGCAAGGAUUGAAAAGAAAAGUGCAUAUUUGCAGGAGCUACAAGAUCAAUAUCUAGGUAUGCAGAACUUAAUAAACCGAAAUGAGCAGCUGUAUGGUUCAGGAAACAUUCCUUCGGGUGGAGUGGCCUUGCCAUUCAUCCUUAUCCAGACACGCCCUCAUGCAACUGUCGAAGUUGAAAUAUCAGAAGAUAUGCAACUGGUGCAUUUUGACUUUAAUACCACCCCAUUUGAGUUGCACGAUGACUCGUAUGUGCUAAAAGCACUGAACUCGUAUGGAAAAGAAGAGAAUGCCGGUACUUCGGAGCCGAUAUCAAAUCGAUGCGAGGGCUCGAGCACGCCGAAUAUUUAUCGGCAUCAGAUACAACAAUCUGCAAUGGCAAGUAAUGGCACAAAUAGAUUACCAAGCUCACCACCACCCCCUGUUCCAGGCAUUCUGAAAGGGCGAGUGAAGCAUGAGCACCUGUACUAG